AUGGCUCGCCUUCCCACAUUUCUGGUGGCACUCUUUGUAGUGGCGCUCCUGGCCUGCAGUCUAUUGCUCUGGCAUGGGUCUGCAGCAUCACGAACACAAACGGCGCCUUCUCCUGCAAAACCCACCCUGCCACAGCCGCAUCCAUAUGCCCAUGCCUUCCACGUGCCGCGAUCAGAUGAAGAUGCGCAAACGAAAGAGUUUUCGCCCAAUCGUCCGCGCUUCAGUCGAGGAUUCUCAUCGAAGCAAAGUGAAGAAGAAGAAAAGGAGCCUGUUGCCGUGCGCUCUUUGAGAAUCAAAGCCUCACCGCUUGGUUGUUUUUAUUUGCCAAUCAGCAAGGUGGAUAUACAGCCGACUGUGCUUCCUGAAUUGACGCGAACUCGCUGCGCGCGUUUUUGUGCCGACCAGAGCUUCGAAUUUGCCGUCCUCAACAAAGGUAACCAGUGUGGCUGCUUGCGCGCUUUCUCGGCGUAUGAAGAUGGACAACACAGGCAAAACGUCUGCUUGCAGCCUUGCUCAGGCUUUUCACAGACCACAUGUGGUGGACGAAACUUCUGGUCGGAAGUUCUUCACAUCGACUCUGCGUUACGACCCCGCAUCACGUUGUACGUUUUCUCAGCGUCCCCUAUCUCGCCGUUGGACUGGAGCAUGCGCACCAUCGCAAGCACAUCCCGACGCUCGUACUCUUACACCGAGCAGCAGCUCACCAGCAUUGCAAGCCUUGACGACACAAAAUGGUUUAAAGAAGUCUGCAUGGACAAUCCUGGCUUCAAAGUCAUGCUGGUGGCAGUUGAAGACCUUGCACAAGCGGCACAGAGAAUUCCGGGACGCACUGCACUCUUGAUUUUUGGUGAACAAAUGAAUCCCUCGCUUUUUCCCACUUUGCGCGCGCCAAUAUUUUUACCGCAGUGGCAUCACCAAGCCACUCACCCGGAAAGCGCUCAAGAAUAUGAUCUGUUUCCCAUUGGCACGCGUGCUACUUUCCCGUCCAUCGCUCCUGAUCAAGUCUUGCCAGCAAGCACGCGCCAAUACGUCGUCAGUUUAAGCGUCAAUUGUCCCUCGGUCUUGCGCUCGACUAUCCGUGCUGCGUUGCAACACGUGUCUCAACUGUUUCCUGGAAAGGUUUACGAGCAAAGCCUCGUUCCACUCAAUAAGGACGAUCUUGAUGCGAGCGAUGGCCUGACGACGGCGGCCACGGCACGCAUCAUGCUGGCAUCCUCUUUCACUAUCUGCCCUUUGGCGUGGGACGAGCUGGCAUCCUCCAUAGAGGUUGUGGCCCCACUCUCAAGCGUAAUCGACAAGCGCCAACGCCAGCUUCAGGUCUGGUUUCGGGGAAUGAUGGAGGAACGACUUGACGCGCUUGAGCGUUCUCUGGAAGAUCAACGUCGUGUGCUUCAGCAUGAGGACUUUUGCUCAAGACACCGGAAUCAAAUGAAGCGUCAAAAGACAUUCAAGACUUAG